CUCUGGAUCCAACGCCUUCCAACGCCUCAUGGCUCAAACGCCUCCCAUUCAAACGGUUCCAUGCGUCACGGAUAAAAUCCAAGAAUUCCAGAACAAAAGUCCUUGCAGCGUCUCAUCCUGCCCAAGUCACCCAUCUCAUCUCUCGAUUCUAGAAAAAAUUUUCCCUCUCUCAAUUUUCACUGAUCUAUGCUCCACCAUCGGUUUCCAUUAAAAGCCUCGUCUCAAAGUCCCCUCGGCGGGCCUCCUGCCCGUCCCAAAUGCUGCAGAUAACGUGGUCGCUGUUAUCAGCAAAAGUGGCCACCUGAUCUCAGGUUGUCGAGUCCCCCAAAAACAUAUCCUCUGUGAUGAGAGACCCGUUUGCACCGGUCCUUGUAUAAUCUCCUCGUCGCACGGACUCUUACAAGAUUUGUUUUGCGUCCACUGGCGUACUUGCAUUUCCUACCAUUUGCCUUUCCGUCGCACUUCUACUUUCUUUUCCGACGGCCCAGCAAGCUGCUCCAUCGUCGGGCCUCGUCGUCAUGGACGCUGAGGAUUACCCUGGCUAACUAUAUUCUACCUAGGAGAGGAAUCGUGUCGUAUGUCGAAGGAAAAUGACUCACCCCAGGAAGGCUCGGCCAAUUCCAAUAUAAGAGAUUCCAGGAGAUUGUCGCUGUGGCACAUGUCAAUAUCGACACACACUUCUCCCAGUCCCGACAGUGCUGUUCAAGGAGGACGAGGCUCCGAGAAAUCCUCCCCCAAUGGAACACCUCUCAAUCUGAGGGAUGUCCUUAAGGACGGGUUGUCCAUUGGGGAUGCGCCAGAGGAGGCACGUUCCUGGCUUGUUAGUUUUGGAGACCUCAAACCAGGCACAGAUGUCUCUCGCAGAUUUCUGAACCUCCGGGAAGACCACCAUGGUGAUCAAGGCGCCGCCACGCUAUUGUCAUUGCUGAUCCAAUGGGUUCCUCUGUGGUCGCACAAGGCGGAGAAGGCUCGAAAGGAAGGCAAGAACUCGAAAUCUGGAUCCCUCAGAGAACUCAAGAGCCUUGACUGGUUGCUCCAGUACAUUUGCGACUUCGUGGAGCUGGGUCACUCGGAUUUUGAUCCUCUGGAGUUAUCCCGUGCUGUGGACACAGUCACUUCUCUAUGCCUCAAUACUAGCCGCCAGAGCGAUAUCAAUGGAGGCAUAAAUGUCCUGUACACCAUAAUGUCCCAUUUUGAUUAUCCGAGGAAUGGGCUCGAUCAGACUCUCGUGGUUUUGUGUGCUUCUGCUGCAAACCUACAGGAGUUGCCGAGCCACCUAUUCGACUGCGCUCGGAUAUUGGCUGCUGGUGACCUGCAACAACAAUUCAUGAAUACUCUCUACGCCUUCAUACGGACUCCCACUUUGAGCAACAACAGCAAAAAUCUUUCACAUGCCCGCGGCGCCACUCGGCUCUUGCGGAAUUUGAUCGAUGAACAACGCAAUGGAGGUGGUUUCAUAUUCUGCUUAGGAGACUUUUUAGAGCAAUUACACAUGGCUGCACAGCAAGGCAUUUUUCGAUUCUGCCAUGACAUCCUCAGCUCCUUGCAUGGGAUUCUUUCAAGCAAUCGGCCAAAAUCCGAACUGGCUGCCAUUGAUUUUACCAAAGCCGUGGAUAUUAUCAGGCUCUGCCUUCAAAUGACUCCUUCAGGCCAUCCGCAAGCAAAUGUGCUUCGCGUUACUUCGCCAGGGAUCAACCCUCAAGAGGAUGACAAGGAUCGCCAAUUUGAACGCCACUUUCGAGACCGGGAAACUGUGGCUAAAAGGCUAUCCCAUGACUUCAUGAAGCUGUGGGAUUUGCUGUCCCUCCCGGAUCGAGCCGCCGUCCACGAGCUCUUCCUGAUGUUUCCACAGUAUGCUGGCCAGGCUCAGUUGACAAUGACUCUGGACUAUGCGAAGGACAAAUACUUGUCGUCCGAGGACCACAACGUAAAGAGACAAUACUCGGACAAGAUCUACAAUGAUAUUGUUCUGAAUCACUCCCUCCCUCCGAUCUGUCGCUUGAAGGGAAUCGAGGUCCUAGUCCAGGCUAGUAAUUCCCCUUUGAGCGAGUCGCCAGGGCCCAGCGACGAGUCCCAUGUGGCAUACACCUGGAUUUUGGAUAGGUUACUUGACCAGAUUGAUGUUGAGCGCGAUGCCCAAGUCUUCGAAACGCUACUCAAAUCAUUGGACUACAUGGCUUCAAACUAUCAAGAGGCUGCGAAGGAACAGGCAUCAACCGUUCGCACGGUGGAGAAACUACACACGUUGAUCAUUGAGGGUCCCGCAGGAGUUGCUUUCAACGAUGAUCUAGCAAUUUUGGCGACAAAGGUGCUCGUUACUAUUUUCUGUUACAAUAUCCACAUCAAUGGUAGAGCAGCGGUCAGAGCCUUUGAGGUUCUGCUGGACGCAGCUAGUUCACGCUGCAAAUCGCGACCAGCUCGUCUCGUCUCAAAACGCCUCAUUUUCAGGGUACGAGCCGAUGACGCUGGCUUCAUCUACAUUGGCUCUCCAGGCGAAAGUCAACAUAUUGCCAGUGCGCUUGUGCGCACCCGAGAAUCGGCUGAAGCUUUCAACUCUGAGCUUCCCGCCUCGCAAAGGCAUUCAGCUAGCAGCAGCAGCUUGUCGACGAGAUCUGACGUUGGUGACCCUUUGUGGAUGUAUCCAGAUACCGAAGAUGUCUCUUACCCACUGGCGGGAAGAGUAUCCAGCGUUCUUAAUGUCGACAAAGGCGCAUAUCCGCAGGUUCAGGCAGAACUCGAUAUGGACACAUGGCUCAUGGCUAUCAUACGGUGCCUGCAAGCCGAUCAGGACUGGGAGACUUAUGGCUACACCGUUGUCCAUGUUGCUGCUCAACUGAGCAACAUUGCUCUCUUCCUCAAUUCGAUCCAAGCUGUCAUCAAGCUACGGCAAGUGCUGUGUGAACAGAUUGUCAACAAUACCUUCCGAGAGCCACCCCCGUCGACUGGGCUGAAGAAAUCGGACGUCGCCUUAUGCAUGUUCAACAUCUUGGUUCAGCUGAUACCUUAUGCUACCAUGAAAUCAGAAGCCAUCCAGAAAGGGUUUGGAGAUGACCUUGUUCGGGCUUUUCUUUCUGGUAUUGGUGGAGCUUGGGAAGCAACAUCGCGUGGCUGCAUUCAUGCACUGUCCCUAUGCAGCCUUGAAAUCCCUUCUUCGGUUGCGACUUUGUAUCCCACCAUUAUUGACAAGAUGUCCAAGAACAUGACACAGACCCACCUCACCACGCAUAUCCUGGAAUUUCUCAUCCAAGUCGCACUGUUGCCAGAAAUGCAUUCCAACCUCAAUCCAGACGAAAUUCAGAUGAUAUUUGGAAUUUGUAUCCAGUUUCUUGAGAAGACGCGAGAGCAACAGCACUCGUCGGUGACUUCGCCUCCCGGCAGAAUCAACCCAGCGUCAAGGCACAGUGGAAUGAAUUUUCGCCGGCCACCGUACCGAGCCGCCAUGUUGGCGGACACCGGAUUGCCUCAAUAUGCUGCUGCAUUGGCUUAUCACAACAUGAUCUUUUGGUUCUUGUCCCUUCGACUGGACAUCAGGGCGAAGUAUGUGCCAUGGAUCAUUCCGAGACUCGUCUGGAAGAAUGCGCGCGGAGAAGAGACUAUCGACGAGCAGAGCCAGGUUCUGAUCGACAUGAUGCAGAGAACAGCAUUCUCUGACCUUGGAGAGACUUCACCAGACCACAAUUUUGCAGCUCCUGAAGAUGGGCCAGUAUCAUCCGCGUCAUGGAUUGUCGGUCUCAGUAUCGUGACCGCGCAGACAGCCGGUCAUACUGGGAAAACGCAGAUAACCAAGCGCCAGGCUUCGGGUACUACAUAUGCAAGAUACCAGCAGCUGACAGCUCCAUUACCAUCUCACCACCGACCAGGCUACACUGAGAUUCGACACCAGGAAGCCACGACCGAAAUCCUCCCUCCGCAUAUCAUCCUCCAAAUGGUAGCUAGUGCAGCAACACCCACUGCAGCCGACCAACCGCUGAUUCUUCCUCAGGAGGAUUUCGUCCAACGGGCCCUUGAGAGCUUUGAUCGCAUUCCAACCGUUACUAGCCACAAGAUUGGCGUGCUUUACAUUGGGCCUGGGCAGAGUGCUGAGUCUGACUUCCUUGCAAAUACGAGCGGGACUCCCGACUUCGACCGUCUUCUCGAUGGCCUCGGGUAUGUGGUGUCGCUUGAACCACCGCUCAAUUUCAAUCCUCAAGGCCUGGAAUGCCCGCGAGACGGCAAACAUAGCAUCGCGUGGCGAGACCGGGUGGAAGAGAUCAUUUACCAUGUGCCAACUAUGAUGCCGACGGACCUCGAAGACGAUCCUCAAUGUAUCACCAAGAAAUCGCACGUUGGUAAUUGUCAUGUCAACAUCGUUUUCAACCGAUCGGGACUUGAAUGGGAGUUGGACAACUUCAAGUCCCAAUUGAAUUAUGUGAAUAUUGUGAUCCGACCUGCAUGCCGCGGCCGAGAAACACCAGAUCCAGAUUUUAUGCCAGGCUUCUACUGGGUCCGGGUGGUUACGAGAGACGAUUUGCCAAACAUAUCCCCUGCAGCCGAUCCCAAGAUCAUCUCGGCUGCUCAGCUUGGCCCCUUUGUGCGAACACUCGCGCUGAAUGCCAACAUGUUUUGCCAGACAUGGAACACAAAAGAUGACGACUUGGAAUUUCCCAGUGCAUGGAGAGCCAGGUUCCAACAGAUCAAAAGGCUCAAAGAGCGGGUGAUGAGUAAAUCAGGUGACAAGCAGGCACCCUCAGCGGUUCCAGUCGCAGUCACCAGCAGCAUAGCGCCGGGCGCAUCAACUGGUAGAAGGACUCCAGUACCAAGGGAGAAGGAUGGCACUCUAGCAUCCCAGCUAGACUUCAGUUCAUGGACCAUCUAACGAAUUUGAGAGGGAAAAAAGAGGCGCUUUGGCGACGACAAGAGACUUCAGUGACGGGAAAGGCAAAGGGGAUCACAAGCAUGGUGUUGGUGGGACCAACCGGCGGGAUAUGCGUCGAGGGCACAAGGGAGAGGAUGGGAAAAAUGCACCCUACUCUGCCGGUGGCUUGAAUCUUAUGGAUUGUAAUUUGUAUAGCAAAAGUUUUUGAUGCAAUACCUACCUACGAGUACUAUUACCCUGA